UUGAGUCCCCUGAACACCCUUUGUGCGAGCACCGUGGCCCGUGUUCUGGUCCCGAGAUGGAUUUGCCUGUGAACUUGACCUUUUCCCUCUCCACUGCCUCCUUUCUGGAGCCCAACCGCAGUCUUGGUGCGGAAAACCUGCGCCCCAGCCCACCCCUCCCCUCGGUCUUUGGAGUGCUGGUUCUGACCCUGCUAGGCUUUCUGGUAGUGGCCACGUUCGCCUGGAACCUGCUGGUGCUAGCGACUAUCCUCCGAGUGCGCACUUUCCACCGUGUGCCACACAACCUGGUGGCUUCCAUGGCCAUCUCGGACGUGCUGGUGGCCGCGCUGGUCAUGCCGCUGAGUCUGGUGCAUGAGCUGUCGGGGCGCCGCUGGCAGCUGGGCCGACGUCUAUGCCAGUUGUGGAUUGCGUGCGACGUGCUUUGCUGCACAGCCAGCAUCUGGAAUGUGACGGCCAUAGCCCUGGACCGCUACUGGUCCAUCACGCGCCACCUGGAGUACACGCUCCGCGCCCGCAAGCGCAUCUCCAAAGUGAUGAUCAUGCUUACCUGGGCACUCUCGGCUGUCAUCUCUCUGGCCCCGCUGCUUUUCGGCUGGGGGGAGACAUAUUCUGAACACAGUGAGGAGUGCCAGGUCAGCCGUGAGCCCUCCUACACCAUCUUCUCCACCGUGGGCGCCUUCUACUUGCCGCUGUGCGUGGUGCUCUUCGUCUACUGGAAGAUCUACAAGGCCUCCAAGUUCCGCGGGGGCUCCAGGAAGACCAACAGAGUCUCACCUGAACCUGAAGUUGUGGAGGCGAAGAACUCUGCUCAGCAGCCCCAAAUGGCGUUCACGGUCCGCCGAGCCACCGUCACCUUCCAGACAGAAGGAGACACGUGGCGGGAGCAGAAGGAGCAGAGGGCGGCCCUCAUGGUGGGCAUCCUCAUCGGGGUGUUCCUGCUCUGCUGGAUCCCCUUCUUUGUCACCGAGCUCGUCAGCCCYCUCUGCUCCUGGGACGUCCCUGCCGCCUGGAAGAGCGUCUUCCUGUGGCUCGGCUACUCCAACUCCUUCUUCAACCCGCUCAUCUACACGGCCUUCAACAAGAASUACAGCAGCGCCUUCAAGAGCUUCUUCUCCAGGCAGCACUGAGGAGAGG